UCUUCAUAUUAAGCAAUUAAUAAUAAGUAGAUAUUUCAUAUAUCAAAUAAAAUUAAAACAAUCAAUAAAUUAGCAAAAAUGAUUAGAAAUUUAUUAAGAAUAGGAAGAAAGGGAUUUUGCACUUAAGCCACUGCUGAUGCAGCAAGCAAAGUAGCCUUUAGCUAAUCUAUGAAGCCAAAAUGGAUGAAAUUCUUUGAAGGAUAAGAACCUAUUAAAAUAGAUCUAGAACGUUCGAUGAAGUCUGACAAUAUUGAUUUAAUUUAAAAUUACAUUAAGAAUAACUACCUCUAAUUUGAAGAUUAGCAACUUGUAUAAGUUAUUCCCAAAGUAAGCAGAAGUAAUAUUAUAGACCGCGUAAAAAAUGAAAUUAGAGUGAGAAUUAUUUAGAAUAAUUUUAAUUUGAAUGUGAGCUAAAAUUUUACUCUACUUGAGUAUAUGGAAGAUAUCAGUUAGGCAGAUCGUCUAUUAGUUUUAUAUACAUUGACUAAAUGCAGUGAGAGCUUCAAAGAAUAUAAUCAUUUUUAACAUUAUAAAAUAAUAUAAUUAGCUAUUAAAUUUAAUAGAUUGUCUGUUCCUUUAACUCUUUAAUUCCUUGAUUACUUCAAUGAAAAUAAAGAAUUGUUUGCUUAGCCUGAUUAAGUUAAAAACUUGUAUUUUGAAAAACUUGAUUUUGUUCAAUUCACACAAUAUAUGCUUGUCUUGAGCAAUCUCAAGCUUUUAUUAGUUCCUGAAGAAUUCAAUUCCAGGAUUAGUGAUGAAACUAUUAGGAUAAUUUCAGAAAUAUACAUCGAAAAGCUAAACACUUUUGAAAGUAACUGCGAAAACUACUACCUAAUUCAUUUGGAUAAGGUCUUUAACCCAGAUGUACUCAAAAUAUUACCUUAAGAUUUAAAAAUUAGUUACAAAAAGGCACUUGUAAGGAUUUUGGAGCUUAAAUUUGAUACUGAAACACAACUAGGAAAAUUCAGCUAUUUCAAAAAUGAUAGAGGAUCACAUUAGUAAAAAGCUCUUGCUAUCUUAAGAUCUAUUGUUUAAACAAACGAAAGAGAAUUAGUUGGAAAGAUUCUCAUCUUAAUAGGAAACUAAAUCAUGAGCAGAGAAAUUAGUGAUUUUAAGUUUGACUUCAGAUUAUUUUCUUACAUGACAAAAUAUCAAUAUGCAUAUAAAUAUUACAUUGACGAAUCCUUCAUUUCUAUGAAGAGUUUGCUUAGAUCUCUCAUAUUUAACACAAAGAAAUUCAAUGAAGAAAAUGAAAUUAAUGCUUAUCACAUCUUACUAUAAAAGUAUAAGUCUUAUAAUGAACUCAACUAUCCUAGCAUAAUUAAAUAAUCUGAAGAUUUUUAUUCAAGAAAAGUUGAUUUUAGUGAUACUAUGGUUAAUUAAUGGAAUUAAUUACAAAAAGACAUACAAUAGUGUCUUAGAGAUUAUAUAAAUUAACAAGUUGCUUCAGGAUUCUUCACUAAAUUACUGCACAAAAUACCAUCACCUGUUGAUAAAGAAGAAGAUGAAAUCAUAGCUUAAGAAGAUAGUGAAAUGGAUCUUUUGGCAAUAGAAGAAGCAAAUGAAGUAAUCGCUGAUGCUAAAGAAGAUGAUGAUGAAUUAAAAAAGAAUGGAGAAAAUGUAGAUGAAAGUGUAAAUUAAGAAAAACUUAAAGAUGAAGAUUUCAAAAAAUAGCAAGGAUACAAAAUAAUAGAAUUAUAAUCUAAUCUCUAAUAACUCAAGUAUGUAAAGACUAUCACAUAUAAUUCUCGUAUUUAAUUUAAUUAGACUAUCCUCUUAAGAAAUUUCAUCAACACCAUUGAAUGUGUUGCUUAGAACUUAUACUUAAGUGAACCAGAUGAAGAGUACAUUCAUUCCAUCAAGUUAUUAGUUAAGCAAGAUAAAUUAAUUGAAGUUUUUGAUCAUUUUUGUAUGAUUCCUUCUUUCCUUGAAAGCUUAAUUAUGAUAGAAGCUUAUGGAAAGAUUAAAAAAGGAUAGUCAUGGUUGAGUCCAGAACUUAGCAACAAAGUUCUAAAAAUGAAAUUCUUUAUGGAAGAUUUCUUUAAUAAGGAUUAAAAUUAUAAAGAUAAAGCUCCUUCUAAAUAUAUCAAAUAAAUAGAGUAAGAAGUGCAAAGUCUCCCAACUCAGAACCUUCCAUUUGACAACGCAUAUGAUUAGCAUAAUUUCAUUUAUGAAAUCAUUAGCAACUCCUUUUAGGUUUCUAAUACACUUUUUGAGAUUGAAAAAUAAAAGACAAGCGUUAUAGCAGAAAAUAAAAUAAAUAUGUAAAGAAAAAGAGAUUUCUUGACAGAGCAAUUCGUCUAUAAUAAAGAGAAUCUAUUAAGAAAGAUAAUCCAUUCUUAAAUUUAUAGUUAUUUUAUCAAUGAAUCUCAUUUAAAAAAAUAUACUGGUGAAAUCUUAUUCUCAAUUAGUAAUUAAGUAUAAAAGAAUGUUGUCUUCUAUCCAUUCUUUGCUGAUUAUGUGCUUCCUUAAAAGAAGAUUGCUAUAUAGAUACUCGAAAAAAAUAGAAUGAUCGAUGGUGUUGAAAAUACAAUCUCUGGAUUUAAUUAAUUAAAUGAAUUGUACUUAAAGCAAAUAGGCUACUCUGUAAUUUAUAUAGACUAUAAUGAUUUUGAAAUCGACUAUAAAGGCUUCCAAACAAAUAUCUUAAAAAAAUUCAGUAAACUCAUCAAUAAUAACUGAUAGAAUUUUAUUUAUUAUUUCAGAACUAAAAAAAUAAAAUAAUAAAGAACUCAUAUUUAAAACCAAUAUAAUAAUUAAAUAAAUACCUUCAGCUUCAUACUUAAUCAUUAAAUUAAUCCUAAAAUUUAAUGCUCAUUAUAUAUUAUAAAAUUAUUCUUAUUAAUAUAAUUAAUUUUUAUUAUUUAUAUUUUCUAUAUCAACUAUUUUUUUCUCAUAUAAAAUCUAUUUAAUUCCUAAA